GCUAAGGAAUUACAUAGCCGUGAACACAAGGAAGGAUAAGCAGAGGGAAUGAAUAUCCACAUCAAUUAGACCGUGGACCCCGCCAAACACAACGGAGUGUUUGCUGUUAAAUUGCAUUUCUCUUUCAUUUUCUCCAAGGAAGGACAUGCUUUUUUUUAAAAAAAAAUUGCAAUAUCAAUCCAUUUUAAGAAGAAACCGUACAGUAAGCAGUAACUGAUUACAAUAAAUCGGUUACUUUUUUGCAGUUUAUAAUUGAUCUGAUUCCCGUGUGUCAUCGAAGGAUCGACAUUGCACGUUGAAAUAUUCCGAUUUAUUUUUAAUUUUUAGAAGAAAACACAAGAAAACAAAACUAAUAAAAGAUAUAAAGGAUUUAAAACGAGAGGUUAAAUCAAGUCGUUUUUUUAAGGGAAAUAAAAACAGAUUUGUGAGCAGGGUGUGUUUCUGUAUUCUUAUUUAAAUUUGACUGGACGUGUUCUGAAUCAUCUUUUUUACAGCGGACUAGUGGGAGCUUCAUGUAGGACGUGACGAUGUGCCCAUUGCUUUCCCACCACGAGUUUAUUGAAUGGAGAGAUAGGAAAAACUGACUUGCACAGCAAAUUCACGUAGUUGUAUUUAAGUGUAUCGUGUCUGCAGCGGUUAACCUCACAACCUCAGUUGGUGGAUUUCAAGCGAUUCCGUCACCUUUCCUCGGAUGAGAAACUCGCAAUGAGAAUUUUUACGAACAUCAUCCAGUUGAUAGCUGCUCUCCUUAUUCAAUUUUCACCUGCUCAGACUUCUUCUAGAGCAAACGGUACUUCUGAAGUGAUGCUCUUCGGGGAGGUGUGGGGUCGGAGUUUCUGCCGCACCAUUGAGAAGCUGGUGGAGGUGGUGCAGGAGUACCCUGCUGAAGUGGAGCACAUCUUCAGCCCUGCCUGCGUGCCGCUGUGGCGCUGUGCCGGGUGCUGCGGGGACGAGAACUUGGAGUGCGUGCCCACAGAUACCUACAACGUUACCAUGCAACUCUUGAAAAUCAAGCCAGCUGAGCGACGGGAGUAUGUUGAAAUGACAUUUAUUGAGCAUCAGAGAUGUGAAUGUAGACCCAGAAAGGACACCUUUAAAAAUGAAAGGAGAAAAUCGAAGAAGGGGAGGAGAAGAAAAGAAAAACAGAAAACAAAAGACUGCGACACGUGUCAACCUCCUCGCAGGUAACUGAAGUGCCACCAGGGGGACACAAAGCAUCUUUUCUCCAGUAUUUAUUUUCCAGUCAGAGUAAUGAUGUUGGUAAUCUUCUCAGCACUUUUAAGAAAUGGUGCAUUCCUCGUUGAGUGCUGAGCUGCAGGAACGCUAUAGCGGAUGAAGGACUGAAUAACUUUUCACAAGCAGAUACGUUUAAGAGGUUCCGCCCCCCUCCGCUGCAACGGACACCCAUUGACUUGCCCGGGAAGAUGUGCUACACAUCGCGAGAGACCGAGCUCGGAAGUUAUAAAAAGUAUAUUUGAGAUGACUGAAAACUUUCUCUUUCUAAACAAUUUUCAAUUCCCCAACCCUUGUGAAAACUGCAAAAGUCUAUUCUUUUUUAUGUUUUGUAAUAUAUAAAAAAAACACACCUAGAUAGAGAAUUUAUGAUUUUGUGCAUUCUUUUUUUAAUGAAAAGACGCAGUAUCAUUUUACUUAUUUUCAUUUGAAAGGCUUUACAAACAUGUAAACCUGUACUUACCAGGAACUUGGUUGUUAAAAAAAUAAAAACUGAAAACAUGUGCAUUCUGUCAUCAGGCCACUGGGUUAAAAGUGAAUACAAUAACAUGCCCCUCAGCUGUUGCUGGGUACUUACUGUACACUUAGAUCUUAAUGUUCCCAGGUAUAAUUCUUGCAUGGGAUUUAUAUACAUCAAUUGGUGUUUCUCUGUCAUUUCCCAUCAAAUUGAUAAACCAGCUGCAAAGCUGUACUGUAGAGAAGUGCAAAUCUCGUUCAUGAGUGAGUAGGAUCACUAGGAUCAACAAAUAAGACUAAGCUUAUUUGCUAAGCAGAGAUGGUAAUAAGACUCCUAUUGCAUAGCAGCUUCACCCAUUCAAGGUUUUAAUACAAACUUGAUUAGCCACGGUGUAUAGGUAACAAGCUCAGGUGCGUCUUAUUAAACAGAUAGUAAAACCAGGAAUGGAUCAAACUGCUAUGCAAUGGGAGUCUCAUUUCCAUCCCUGCUAAGGGUUACUUUAUGCCAAAACUUUACAGUAGCAGUGACCCAAAUCAACUUUCAAAAAACUGAAUAAAAAGAAAGGAGAUGAACUAUUCUACAAUGAUUGAUAGAGUGAAUAGCUUGUAUUAACUAAGCUUUAUCAAGACGACAAACUCCCUCUUAAAAUUACAAAGGGGUGGCGCCAUCUAGUGGUACUUAUGUACCACUGAGGCUGGGGACAGGCAAUCAGCCAGUCUCUGUCAAAAAAAACAGACCAGUUGUUUUUUUUAUUUUACAUAUAAAACACUGUAUUCAGGUAAGGGUUGAGGAGCAGCGGCUGGUCUUAGCUGGAUAUUUCUAGGUAGCUAUACAUUUUCAAUCUAGGUAGUUCUGGAAUGGAUCCCGUGUCAAAUGAAAAGCAAUCCAAUAAGAUGCAUCUGUAUUUAUGAAGUUUUUUUUUUUUUUUUUAAUUAAAUCUUCUACUUCCUGUAAACAAAACUAUAAAUGAAUGUUGUUGUUUUUGGCUACAGGCAAACCCAGAAUAUUUUCAAUAUUUUUACUUCAUGGAGGUAACACUUGUAUUUUUUAACAAACACUUGAUAUGAUUUUUUGUCCAGCACGAUGCAGGAUGACGACACAAUGUUGAUGCUUGGUAUCCAUGACAACCUUGUCAAGACUUGGAUCGCAUGUCUACAGUGUUUGUUUGUUUUGUUUUAUGUACUGCAUUUUAAUUUGCAGAUGUUGGAUUGGACAGAUUUCCAUUUUUAACAAGUAAAGAAUAGAUGUCUUACCAUGUGUAGUCUGUCUCCAAACGCUGCAUGACUGAUCUACCAGCAGCAUUCAUUCACUUCUGCUGCUUGACCAUAGAGAAUCCCAGCAUUGCUAACACUGACAGGGUUUGCAUAGCGAGGGAGAAUUUCUCAUGCAGGCAUAGCAAUUAUAAAACUGAUUUUACAUCAGCUGCAGCUUAGACAAGUUCUCCCUUGAAACGAUGGGACAGAAAUCGAAGGGAAGAGCUCACUGAAGAUUAUUGUGCGGUUGUGAAUUAGGUUGUGAAACCAGCCUAACGUUGCCAGAAAUGUUAUUAUGCAAAGGAAGUAUUGAAAGGCAUCUUCACUCUGAAGUCAUGAAAUAUUGAUGCUAAAAUGUAAAAUCAUGCCAAUGAAUUACACUAAAUGUAUUUUUUAACUAUUGUAACUUGUUAAACAUAUAUUAAUUAGUCACACCUAGAACUUUAUAAUUUAUAUUUUAAAUUUUAGGGUUUUUUUAUUGAAGAAAAAGCAGUGAGUGUGUGGACCAAAAAAGGCAGUGGACCACACUUUAUACAACUAAAACACUAAAACAAUGUGCUUGAAACUGCAGUGAGCUGCACAUUAACUUAAUGUGCGGUAAAGGGACAGGAAAUCAUUACACAUUGUAAACAUCUUUGUACAAUUGUUUUUUUUUUUUUUUUGUUGUUUGUUUUUUUUGACAAAUUGCACAGGAGAUUGAAAUGGUUUUGCAGGAACUAUUUACAAGCAGGUAAACUUGUGACAUUCUGACCUAUGGAAGAAUAACUAUUGUAAAUAAUUGACUACCUGGAAAGUCUGUGUCUAUAAUGUAUAUUGUAUAUAAAUGCAUUACUGUUAAUAAAAAUACAAUAUAUUUAA